CUCGAAAAGAGCUUGAAACGGCGCAGUGAGCAAACGGCAGCCAUGGGCGGUGGCAUCUCGACGAACGGCGACCUCGGGCAGAUGAUCGCGUGCACGAUGCUCAUCGGCGAAGCCAUGUUCCAGGGUAUUGACCCGCGCUACAUCCGCUUCCCAGACAUGUACCGCCUGUAUGACUUUCACGUGGGCAAGAAGCGCUACCGGACCGCCAAGCCUCAAGGUGCAACCAUCAUGCUCAUUGGGAGCGACGGCGUCGCGCGCGUCGUUGAGAAGAAGGCCGACGACGCCGCGGCGUCACCCGUGAUCGACGCCGAGCCCGAUAUCGACGAGACCGACGUCGACAAGUACCUCGUGGUCAACGUCGCCGAUGACCGCGUGGUGCUGGACCGAGCACGGCUCUUUUCGCCCAACGAAGACGGCUGGACGCCACUGCACGCGAGCUGCCAUACGCUCAACACGGUCGACGCAGGCAAGGUAAUCUUGAAGGCGAUGCUCGAGAUGGACCGCGAGAAGACCGCGACUGUGCUUGCCACCAAGACGACGCGCGGCCCUGGGUCCUUCUCGGCAGGCUUUACGCCCCUUCACAUUGCCUGCGCCUAUGGCAUCGAAGUGCUCGCACUCAAGCUCAUCAAGGCCAAGUCGAAUGUCAACGCGACCAACUCGGUUAGUUGGAGCCCACUGCACGAAGCGUGCCAUCGCGGUUUCGUUUCGAUUGCCAAGGAGCUCUUGCGAGCUGGCGCCGAUCCAACCGCGGUCUGCCCCGAGUUUGCACUUUGCCCGUUUGCGGGACAGACGCCACUUGGCGAAGCGGCGCGGCAAGGCCACGUCGACGUCGUCAAGCUGCUUCUCGACCACGGCGUUGAUAUGAACGCGGUCAACGCGCUGCACUGGACAGCUUUGCAUGAAGCCGCCUAUCACAACCGCAGCGAGAUCGUGCGCACGCUGGUGGUGCAUGGCGCCGACGUGCUUGUGAAGACGUCGCGGGGUGCGAUCGCGGCCCAGCUCACCAUCUCGAUGGAGAUCAAGACAAUGCUGGACGACGUCGGCGAGGCCCAAGCUGCGAGUCCGAAGAAACCACCGGCGUCAAAUCCCCCGAGCGCGUCGUCGUCGUCACCGCCAAAGGAAAAGCCACAUGUGCCCAUCGUGCCGCUCUCUCGGAAGGAAGAUUUCGCGCUGCUUGGGGACCUCCCGGCGCUCCAGCGACUGAGCAUGCCACCCGAGACGGACCGCCGCCCGGAUGCCACACAAGUCGCAGACGACCCGCCCGUCAAGACCAAGAAGAAGAAGAGCGCCAAAGGACGCAAAACACCGAGUGACGAGGAUGUGCCGACGGAAUUCCGGUGCGCGAUCACGAAAAAGCUGCUCCAGGACCCUCUGAAAUCGCCGUACGGCCACGUCUUUGAGCGCAAGGUGGUUGAAAAAUGGUUCAACAACUAUGGCAGCCGGUGCCCCGUAACGGGCGAGCCGCUCGGCCUCGGGCAACUCGUGCCGGACGAAGCGCUCAAGACCGAGAUUUCCGCCUGGCUUGCACCCGACAGCCCAAAACACCAACCGGGGACGGUCGCCGACGCCGCCAAGCUCGACGAUGCCAAGGCCGUCGACGCGAAGCGUGAAGAAGACUUGUACGAUUUCUAAUGACAAAACAUUGACGCGCGUGUGUCAUAACGCACUGUGUGACAUUGCUAGCCAAUA